UCCCCAAGAGGAAGCCCUGGGACUUCUCUCCUGGGGCCUUUCUGCAGGUCGAGUCCCGCUGCACCUGGACGCAGCCGCCGCCUGCAGGAGCCACCCUCUGCCAGGAGUGCCCAGAGCUGGCCAGGGCAUGAACCGCGAGGGGGCCCCCGGGAAGAGUCCGGAGGACGUGUACGUUCAGCAGAAGGUCCGGGUGCUGCUCAUGCUGAGAAAGAUGGGAUCGAACCUGACGGCCAGUGAGGAGGAGUUCCUGCGCACCUACGCGGGGGUGGCCAGCAGCCAGCUCAGCCAGCUGCCGCAGCACCCCAUCGACCAGGGUGCAGAGGACGUGGUGAUGGCAUUUUCCAGGUCGGAGACCGAGGACCGGAGGCAGUAGCUGCAAAGCCCCUGGAACACCCUGGGAGCUGGCAAGGGCCCAGAGAUCUGUGUGGACCUUGGCCGGCUGAGUGGCAGCAGGUCACCUUCCCCACCCCCC